AUGUUCCUCCUGCCAUUCAACAUUUUCUCAAUGGGCUACGGUUUUUGGUUAAAUGGAGCAUUCACCUUUCUGUGGAACUUUAUCGACGUCUUCAUAAUGAUUACCAGUAUAGGAUUGGCUCAAAGGUUUCAGCAAUUUGCCGAUCGAGUGGGCGCUUUGGAGGGUCGUCAUGUUCCGGAUGCUCUGUGGUACGAUGUCCGACGGGAUCACAUACGCCUGUGUGAGCUGGCCAGUAUGGUGGAUGCCAGUAUGUCGAAUAUCGUGUUCGUGUCCUGUGCGAACAAUGUUUAUGUGAUCUGCAACCAGGCACUAGCUAUUUUCACCAAACUGCGACAUCCCAUCAACUACGUGUACUUCUGGUACUCGCUGAUCUUCCUGCUGGCCAGGACAAGUCUUGUUUUCAUGACCGCCUCCAAAAUACACGACGCCUCGCUGCUGCCCCUGAGGUCCUUGUACCUGGUGCCCAGUGGUCACUGGACUCAGGAAGUCCAGAGGUUCGCCGAUCAGCUGACCAGCGAAUUUGUUGGACUGUCUGGCUACCGUCUGUACUAUUUGACAAGAAAGAGUCUCUUCGGGAUGCUGGCCACCCUGGUCACAUAUGAGCUUAUGCUGCUCCAAAUGGACGCAAAGAGCCACAAGGGUCUACGCUGCGUCUAA